AUGACCUGCCAGCAUGUUGAAGAUCCCAAAGACGAUAACAUUACACACCUCGAGCACGCAGCAACCACUCAAACUACUAGAAAAGGCGAUGCUGCCGCAGAAUUUCUAGCUGAUGCCCAUGUAGAAGAUGCAUCCUUUUCUUACAAAGAGGAGCGUGCGGUGCUGAAACGCAUCGACUAUCGCGUCCUUCCCCUUCCACUUGGCGCCUACUUCUUCCAGCAACUUGACAGGUCUUCAUGGUCCUGCGUCUCGAUAUUCGGCAUCCAAAAAGAUGCAAACCUUUUGGUAUCAGUUCUCUGCCUCGCGCAAUUGGUCAUGCAGCCACUCGCUGCAUAUCUAUUGGUAAAACUACCUACUGAUAAAGUCAGUUCAGCAGCCAUAUUCCUAUGGGGCAGCAGUCUGGCCUUCAUGUCGGCUUGUACAGAUUCUCCGAGUCUUCUCGGACUGCGUUACUAUCAGGGCAUCUAUAUGUUUUGUGGUCUCUUGACUGUGGCUUAUUCAUGCGUGCUUUUGUCAUGGAUUCCUGACGGUCCGAUGAAGCCAAAAUAUCUGAAUGAGAGAGAGCGCUUCAUUGCUGUCCAGCGUCUGAGAGCCAACCAGAUGGGCAUCCAACCUGAGCAGUCGAACGGUAGCGUUUCCACUUUCGGCAAUCUCAUCAUCCGUGACUUUGGAUACACAAACUUCCAGUCUAUUUUCUUCAAAAGUUCAUUUGGCGUGAUCCAAAUUGUUUGCAUCGUUGGUUCUGUCUGGGGUGCUGUGCUGGGAAGCCGCAAGGGUCUCGCUAUCGCUAUGGUAGCCAUUCUUCCCAUUGUAGGAACAAUCAUCAUAAUGUGCAUCGGUAACGUCAUUGGCCCUCUACUAUACUCCGUAGACGAUGCGCCGCUUCACGGUCCUGGCCUCAUUGCCAACAUCGUAAUAUUCGCUUUGGUAGCUGUGAUAGCAUUGCUAAUACUUAGAUAUCUGGCGUUUCUCAACCAACAGCACGCAAAGAAGAGGAUGGAUAUGGGCAAGAGUGCUGUUCGAAUCGAUGGGAGCAUGCUAAAGAAAGAGAAAAUAUCGCAGAAGGGUGGAGAAGUUGAAGCACAGAACCAGUCACAUGAGCAGGACAAUGAUUUCUCAGACCUGACUGACAUGGAGAACGAAGACUUCAUGUGUGUGUAUUAG